AUGACAUCGGUAAAACAAGGACCGGUGAAAUUCGAGAAGGACACGAUCAUCGUGGUGUUUGGGGCGUCCGGCGAUCUCGCCAAGAAAAAGACGUUCCCAGCGCUGUUUGGGCUGUACAGAGAGGGGUACCUGGACAGGAGCACCAGGAUCUUCGGGUACGCGCGCUCUCACCUGGAGAAAGAGGAGCUGAAGGAGCGGGUCUCUCCGCACUUGAGCAAGCCGCAUGGGGCCGAGGACGACGCCAAGGAGCAGGAGUUCUUCGAGAUGAUCACGUACGUGGCCGGUGCGUACGACACGUCGGAGGGCUACAACAAGCUGAGGAAGAUCAUCGAGAGGUACGAGGCGGACGCAGAAAUAACCGAGCCGCACCGGUUGUUCUACUUUGCCUUGCCACCCAGCGUCUUCUUGAGCGUUGCGAAGGAAAUCAAGAAGGAGCUGUACGCGGAGCACGGCAUCACCCGGUUGAUCGUGGAAAAGCCAUUUGGGCGCGAUCUGAAGACCGCGAGGGAGCUGCAGAACAACUUGGCACCGUUGUUCAAGGAAGACGAGAUCUUCAGAAUUGAUCACUACUUGGGCAAGGAGCUGGUCAAAAACUUGACCCUGCUUAGAUUUGGAAACACGUUCUUGAAUGCCGCAUGGAACAAAGAAAACGUGCAAAGUGUGCAGAUAUCUUUCAAAGAGCCAUUUGGUACCGAAGGACGUGGCGGGUACUUCGAUAAUAUUGGUAUCAUCAGAGAUGUCAUGCAAAAUCAUUUGUUGCAAAUUCUAACGUUGUUUACGAUGGAAAGACCAGUUUCAUUCGAUCCCGAAUCCAUACGUGACGAAAAAGUCAAAGUUCUAAAGGCAAUGUCUGCAAUAGACCCUAACGAUAUUUUGAUCGGGCAAUACGGAAAAUCAGAAGACGGUUCAAAACCAGCGUACACAGAUGAUGACACGGUCACGAAGGACUCAAAAUGUGUUACCUUUGCAGCUUUGUGCUUCAAUAUCCAAAAUGAACGUUGGGAUGGUGUUCCUAUCAUAAUGAGAGCGGGUAAAGCUUUAAACGAGGGUAAAGUAGAAAUUAGAUUGCAGUACAAGGCUGUCCCAUCUGGUGUCUUUAAGGAUAUCCCUAACAAUGAACUAGUGAUUAGAGUGCAACCGGAUGCUGCUGUGUAUAUGAAAUUCAACUCAAAGACUCCAGGUUUAUCCAACGCCACUCAAGUAACAGAUUUGGACCUAACAUAUUCCAGUAGAUACAAGAACUACUGGAUUCCGGAAGCGUACGAGGUCUUAAUCAGAGAGGCUUUAUUAGGUGAUCAUUCCAACUUUGUCAGAGAUGACGAGUUGGAAAUCAGCUGGCAAUUAUUUACGCCAUUAUUGGAAAAAUUGGAAGCCGACGAUGCGCCAAAACCGGAAAUCUAUCCAUACGGUUCAAGGGGGCCAAAGAAUUUAAAGAGUUACUUGGCAAAACAUAAAUUCAAUCUCGAAGGGUCCCAUUCUUAUACAUGGCCAGUAAGUUCCCCAGAUGACAAUUCCAAAUUAUAA